CCCCGACCCCAAAGGUGACGAAGGCCCCCGCGGCCAGGAGGAGGAAGGUGGUGAGGAAGAAAGUGGUGGUGAGGAAGAAAGUGGUGAGGAAGAAGAAGAAGCCAAAAGCUCCGGCUGCCCCACAGGAACCCCCGUGCCCCCCCUUGGGGCUGGAAUCCCUGCGGGUGGACGACGCGCAGCUCCAGGCGUCCAGCCACAAACGCCCCGGGCUGGGCGCCCACCGGGGCCGCCUCAACAUCCAGUCGGGGCUGUACGACGGGGACCCUUUCGACGGCGGGUGGUGCGCGGGGCGGGAGGACGCGGCGCAGUGGCUGCGGGUGGACGCCGGGCGCCUGACCCGCUUCACCGGCGUGGUCACCCAGGGGCUCAACUCCAUCUGGACGUACGACUGGGUGACGUCCUACAAGGUGCAGGUCAGCAACGACUCACAGACGUGGGUGCCGAGCAGGAACGGCUCCGAGGAGGCGGUGUUCCCCGGGAACAAGGACCCCGAGACUCCGGUGCUGAACGUGCUGCCCGAGCCCCUGGUGGGGCGGUUCCUGCGCAUCAACCCCCAGAGCUGGUUCCCCAACGGCACCAUCUGCCUGCGGGCCGAGGUGCUGGGCUGCCCCCUCCCCGACCCCAGCGAUGCCCACGCCUGGCACAGCCCGGCCCCGCCCGCCUCCGACCUGGAUUUCCGACACCACAACUACAAGGAGAUGAGAAAGCUGAUGAAGCGGGUGAGCGAGGAGUGCCCCGACAUCACCCGCGUGUACAGCAUCGGGCACAGCUCCCGCGGCCGCCGCCUCUACGUCAUGGAGAUCUCCGACCACCCCGGGCAGCACGAGCUCGGGGAGCCCGAGUUCCGCUACGUGGCCGGGAUGCACGGGAACGAGGUGCUGGGCCGGGAGCUGCUGCUCAACCUCAUGGAAUACCUGUGCCGGGAAUUCCGGAGGGGCAACCCCCGCGUGGUGCAGCUGGUCACGGACACCCGGAUCCACCUGCUGCCCUCCAUGAACCCCGAUGGAUACGAGACCGCCUACGAGCUGGGCUCGGAGCUGGCGGGCUGGGCCAUGGGCCGCUGGACCUACGAGGGCAUCGACCUCAACCACAACUUUGCCGACCUGAACACGGCGCUGUGGGACGCCGAGGACAACGACCUGGUGCCCCAUGAGUUCCCCAACCACUACAUCCCCAUCCCCGAGUACUACACCCUGGCCAACGCCACGGUGGCCCCCGAGACGCGGGCGGUGAUCGCGUGGAUGCAGCGCUUCCCCUUCGUGCUGAGCGCCAACCUGCACGGGGGGGAGCUGGUGGUCACCUACCCCUUCGACAUGACCCGCACCUACUGGAAGGCGCAGGAGCUCACCCCCACGCCCGACGACGGCGUGUUCCGCUGGCUGGCCACCGUCUACGCCACCGCCAACCUGGCCAUGGCCAGCGGGGACCGGCGGCGCUGCCACUACGACGACUUCGCCCGCCUGGGAAACGUCAUCAACGGGGCCAACUGGCACACGGUGGCCGGCAGUAUGAACGACUUCAGCUACCUGCACACCAACUGCUUCGAGAUCACCGUGGAGCUCUCCUGCGACAAGUUCCCGCACGCCUCGGAGCUGCCCCAGGAGUGGGAGAACAACCGCGAGUCGCUGCUGCUCUUCAUGGAGCAGGUCGGGGUGGGGGGCAGAGGAGGGCUGGAGGGGGGACAGAG